AUGGCUUCCCCGGUGACGAUGUUUAGUCCCGCCACCCUGUGCUGCCUUGAGGAAAACCGAACUCCCUCCUCUUUGGGUUCUCAGGACUUUGUGAGCAGCAGCGAGCGCAUCUGGCUCCCCUUAAAGCAGAAGCCCCUACUGGUGGGGGGUGUGAGUCCCUUUGAGGGUCCGAGGAAAGCUGCCAGGCCCUUCCAGAGGAAUGCACCUCCAGAACGUGCCACGCUGCAUGCAGUUUCACGGGCUGCAGAAGAUGUCAACGUUACUUUUGAAGAUCAACAAAAGAUCAACAAAUUUGCACGGAAUACAAGUAGAAUCACAGAGCUGAAGGAGGAAAUAGAAGUGAAAAAGAAACAACUGCAGAAUCUAGAAGACGCCUGUGAGGACAUCAUGCUUGCGGAUGAUGACUGCUUAAUGAUCCCCUACCAGAUCGGGGACGUUUUCAUCAGCCAUUCUCAAGAAGAAACACAGGAGAUGUUGGAAGAAGCAAAGAAAAAUUUGCAAGAAGAAAUUGACGCCCUAGAAGCCAGAGUGGAAUCCAUUCAGCGGGUGUUAGCAGAUUUGAAAGUCCAGUUAUAUGCGAAAUUCGGAAGCAACAUAAACCUCGAAGCUGACGACAGUUAAACAUUUUAUAAUACUUUUUUUUAAUUUGUUUAAUAAACUUGAAUAUUGUUUAAAAUGAUAAUUUCCCUUCUUCAAAUGAUAUGGAAAUCAAAACUUUCUUUUUUUAAAAUUUUCAUUUAUUUAAUGGAAACUUGCCUAUUUUCACAUGUCUUGCUUAUUUAUUUUAUAUUUUUAAAAGAAGACAGUAUUCAUCUAUGUAUUUUGCAUAACGAUUCUAUCAAGUGUAGGGGCUUUAUGUCAUGUUAUUAAAAUUGGUAAAGCAACCUC